CGACGCGGUAAUUAAACUACUACUGAAAGCGAAGAAGAAGAAGAAAAGGAAGCUAAGCUAGCCCAACAUCGGGCUGCAUUUAGCGAAUUAUGGCGACUGUGCUCCCCAUCAGACCCCCGUGCGAUAGCAACCCCGCUACACCUGGAGCACAAUCCCUAAAGGAGGAUGUCAAUGAGGAAGAGUCCAACGAUGGAAGUCAGCCUCCCAAACGACGGAGGAUGGGUUCGGGGGACAGCUCUCGAAGCUGCGACACCUCUAGCCAAGACCUUGGCCCAACAUAUUUCCCAGCAGAGAACCUGACUGAGUAUAAGUGGCCGGCAGAUGACACAGGAGAGUAUUAUAUGCUGCAGGAACAGGUCAGCGAGUAUCUGGGAGUCACAUCAUUCAAGAGGAAGUAUCCUGAUAUGGAGAGAAGAGACUUGUCCCACAAAGAGAAGCUUUACCUGCGUGAACAGAAUGUCAUCACUGAGACACAGUGCACUCUGGGUCUCACAGCUCUGCGGAGUGACGAGGUGAUAGAUCUGAUGAUUAAGGAGUAUCCCUCCAAACACUCUGAGUAUUCAGUCAUUCUGCAGGAGAGAGAGCGACAGAGGAUAGCAAAAGAGUACUCUCAAAUGCAGAAUCAGCAGAAUCCUCAAAAGGUGGAGGCCAGUAAGGUUCCUGAGUACAUUAAGAAGGCAGCAAAAAAAGCUGCAGAGUUCAACAGUAACUUCAACAGGGAGCGAAUGGAAGAGAGGAGAGCUUACUUUGACCUUCAGACACAUAUCAUCCAAGUACCUCAGGGUCGGUUCAAAGUGCUUGCUCCAGAACUAACCAGGACGGGGCCCUACCCAGUGGCCCUUAUACCUGGACAGUUCCAGGACUACUACAAAAGAUACUCUCCCAAUGAGCUGCGAUACCUGCCGCUGAACACGGCUCUGUUUGAACCUCCACUUGACCCAGAGCUGCCUGCACUGGACUCAGAGCCUGACUCAGACGACGCAGAGGAUGUCAAAGACAACAAAAAGAAGAACUCAUCUGACAGUUCUUCAGGCAACACAUCAGAUGUAGAGAGCCAGGAGGGAGCAGGUGGACAGGGCCACAAGUCCAAGGCUAAAGACAGGACAUCUACGCCGGGCAAAGAGGGCAGCCUGCGCCAUUCAGCUUCCCACAAAGCCACCCCAGGUUACAAGCCUAAGGUCAUUCCCAAUGCUAUAUGUGGCAUUUGCCAGAAGGGUAAAGAGGCAAACAAGAAAGGCAAACCUGAGGCUCUCAUUCACUGCUCCCAAUGUGAUAACAGCGGUCACCCGUCGUGCUUGGACAUGAGUGAGGAGCUGGUGCGCGUGAUCCAGACGUACCGUUGGCAGUGUAUGGAGUGCAAGACCUGCACCGUGUGCCAGCAGCCACACCACGAGGACGAGAUGAUGUUCUGCGACAAGUGCGAUCGCGGAUACCACACGUUCUGUGUGGGUAUGGACUCCAUACCUACUGGACUUUGGGUUUGUGAAGUGUGCGACAAAGAUUUCACCACACCCAAAAAGAAGGGAGGAGUCAAAACACCCAAGAAGACUAAGUCUGCUCAAAAAUGAUCCACGACAUCUUAAAACACAACACAUGGACCAGAUCCUACACAACUGCUCUGUCAUGAUUUCUGUCAAGUAUAAAAGACCAGAUUCUAUUUUUCAAAAGCUUUUGUUUAUAUGGUCAACAGUAUUCUAAUAUUGACUGCAUUAAUAAUCAGAAUAAGACAUUAACUACUUUAACCUGAAUAAAGUCAGACUCAAUAUAGCCAGUAGUCAGAUUAAAUUGUACUACACAUCUUGAUCUGAUUCUAACAUCUAAUCUGAGUUUCCACAGCAAUGGUUGUCAACUGUGCCCAUGUAAACAGGAAUAUGAUGGAAUAUUCUUUAAGCAAGUCAUGUUAACAUUAUAAUUUGUCUAAUUCAGGUAAAUGUCAGUAUUCAGAUUAUUGUAGUCCAUGUAAACAGAAUUGUGAUCCAGAAAUAAGCAAAAGUGUAGCUGUCUACUAAAAGUCACAAACUUGAAUAAUUUGUGUGAAAGCCUUGAUGGUUUUCAGUAGAUAAGCCCCUAAAAACAUAGUCAUUGUUUUCCAUCUUCAAGCUCAAUUUAAAUGUUGAAUGUUUGAUCAACUGCUAAUGUUUUGUGGUCAAAGCCACAGAUUGGGCAUUGACCUUAUCAUAGCAACUGUGUUCUGUAGACACCACACAAACAUUAUAUUAACAGCUAAACUGCUCACUUUUAUGCAGUGUUGUGUUACUGGAGACCUGGACUCAGAUUUCAGGACCUGUGACUCGACUUGUACUUGAGCACUGAUGACUCGGACAUUAACUGCAUUCAAGUUUGAAGAUGGUGACUCCUCAUUUUGUUUUGUUUUUAUUAUUAAUUUGGCAUACAGUAAGGAAGUACAGUAUCACUUUAAUUAAUGCUGUUAUAAUUCUACAACGCAGCUAAAUAUUAACAUGUGGGCAUGUGGAUUUGCAAGAGCAGGUACAUGCAUCUACUGCCUACAGUUUUUUAAGGACCAUUGUGUAGGAUUUAUUGGCAUGUACUGUAGGGGUUGCAUAUUGUAACCAUGUGAAUUGUUUGCAAACAGACAUGGCAGUAUAACAUGGUAAACUCCACGGAAGAGGACGAGCCCCUGAUGUAAUACACAGGACACAUUCCACUGAACUAAAACACAACUGUUCUUAAUAUUCAUAUACUUAUUAAAAAACAAAAUUAUAAAUAUAGAAUUCCUGUUAAUAAAGCACUCAAUUAUAUACAUUGAACCUAAAGAGACACUGUGUACACAGAUUUUACAUUGAACUCCAAUUACACAGUAAGUAAACCCUUUUAAAUACUGACUGAAGUGUUUGAUUUGUGUUUUUUUUUUUCAAAAACAAAACAAAUGUGCGUGUCAGCUUUUAAGUGGAGCACUGGAAGCCAUCUUGGAACUCAGACUCAACCUUAAUGACUUGGACUCAGGUAAUGAAACUCAACUCGGAACUUAAGGGAUUUAUAGCUGGACUUGGACUUGAGGUGCUGUUACUCGACUAUAACUCUGCCACUAUCAGUAUCGGUGUGGUCCUACUUAGUUUAACGUGUAGGAUGUUUGAUGGCAAAUCCAAAUGGUGCUUUUCUUUUGAUCCAUUGCGACUGAAACAAUCAGGUUUGCUGAUGUCAUUUUGUUUCAGUUGCCAUUCAAAACAUUUUGUAUAUUUUUGUGUCUCUACAGUUGUAUUAACAUUAAUUUAAAAAGGCAGGUCAGUAAAGAUCAGCCGUAAAUUGUCUUAUUGGAUUAUUAUGACUUGUGCUUGUGAGCCUUUGUAAUGAAAUUUAAAUGAACAGACACUGGCUGUGCUUGACAUCACAGCUGCAACAGUUUUCAGGUAUUUAUGUCUAUCUCAACUCCUCACAUCACGUAACCACUGAUUUGUCGUAAAGCAGAAUUGCAAUGGAAUUUGUAUCUGUCAUUUACCAUUAUUCAGCUGAUGUUUUUGCAAGCAUCUUAAAUGUUAUGUUUCUUUGUAUUUUUUUACUUUGUAUUGUCCUGCAGUGAGCAGAUUUUUUUUGAUAAAGUUGUCAUAGUCACUGAAUUUCGAAGUGUGCUUCUCAAUAAAAGUCUACUUUUAAAAGUGAGUUCAUCUGUAAAUUAUAUAUAAUUGAAUCUCAGUCAGUUUAAUAACCUGCUGUGUGAAUUUUAUUCUCAAUAAAAUGAAAGGCACAUGG